AUGCCAUUCUAUGAACAUGAGAAGCAAAGGAACUGGUCGACCCUUUGUUGGCUCCCAUCAGCCUGCUUCUUGAAAACUCAAAAUACUCGAGGAGUGGCACUCGCUUUGAAAAUCGUUACUCGACUUCAAGCACCUUUUGCGGUUCGCUCAGGAGGUCAUUCCCCCAAUCCAAGUUUCGGGAGCAUUGACCCGGGUAUUUUGAUAGACCUGAGCUCGCUCAAUGAUAUUGUCUUGUCCCCGGAUCACAGGGUCAUGUCCGUAGGGCCUGGUGCAAAAUGGGAAAUGAUUUAUGAGGAGCUCGAGAAGCAUGAAUUGACCGUCGCGGGAGGCAGAGCGACCGGUGUGGGUGUUGGAGGACUCAUUACCGGAGGAAUUCGAGUCAAGGAGUUCCCCAAAAAGCCUUUUAACCUUCUGACUGGUAAUCAGGUGGUUUUGGCCAACUCAACUGUUGUCUACGCAAAUGAAACAGAGAAUGCCGAUCUCUUUCGGACUCUGAAGGGCGGAGGAGCAAGCUUUGGUAUGGACAAAGGGACACAAUCUUACCGUGUUUGGUUUUCUCCCAAAGCAUACAGUGCUAUUGACGUCGUUCAAGUUAUGAGUGCAAUCAUCUCGGUUCAGAAAGCAAUGGAAGAAAACGAUAAAAUUGGCUUGGUUGUUUCUGUUCUCAAAGAUAUGUUUGUCGCAUGUUUCCUUUACAGGGGCUGGGAUGUUCCAAAUGCAUUUGAGGCUUUCAACAGUACACCAACAAUGGCGAUCCUUAUGCCCGAGACUAGAGGCACGCAGCAAUCUAUGUCACGGGCCCUCAGUAUUGCUUCGAAUGCGAAACGAGCAUGUGGCGCUGCUUCUGUGAUGAUGGAUGCAGAUCUUUAUGUGGAGCUCGACAAAGUUCUCAAUCGCUUUGUUACCAUUGAUUCCUACUCGCUGGCAUUCCAUAUCCAGCCGUUUGGCGCAUCCGCGGUUAAAAAAGGAGAAGAUCGUAGAGGGAACUCGUUGGGCAUUUCUCCUGUAAACCAAGCAUGGCUGGGCGUUGUUGGAGAAUGGAAAGACGAUAUGGAUGAUGAACUAGUCAUUACCCAAACCCAUCAGCUCAUCUCUUCUAUCGAAGAAACUGCUCGAGCUCGUGGACUCCUUUUAGAGUUCAAGUUCAUGAAUGAUGCAUCUUACACACAAUCUCCGUUCGUGGCAAGCACUCUGAGUUCUCUCAAGGUGGCGAGUGAGAAAUGGGACCCCGAAGGUGUUUUUCAACGGUUGCAGAACUCUGGCUUCCUUGUAUCAAAGGCAUAG